AGAGGACGAAGUUACCUGUAUACGCAGAGAUGGCGCUCUCCCAGUGUCUGGACGAAUCCCCGCUGAGGCCGGGCCCGGGGGGCCCGAGGCCGGCCGGGGCCGGGGAGCUGGACCUCCAGGAGGUGUACGACGAGCGGCACCGGCUGGCCCUGGAGCAGCUGCUGUCCGGGGGCCCCGCAGCCUUCACGGGCUUCCUGCGGGCGGAGCGGAUCCCCAACUUCCUCUCGGACGAGGAGCUGCAGCGGCUCGGCGGCGCCGCCGUGCCCCCGGCCGGGGCGUCCCUGCUCGGGGAGGACCUGGAGACGUCUCUGCGGGGCUCCCUGGACUGCUCCUCGGUCACAUACUUCCCCGAGAUGUCCGACCUGGAGCCGCCGGAGCUGGAGCUGGGCUGGCCCGCCUUCACCGCCGGCUCCUACCGCGGGGUGACCCGCGCCCUGGCGCACUUCCAGCCCGGACACGGAGACAGCAUCUACCGCUGCAAGGAGGCGGCCCGCCGCAUGAUCCGCAGCGCCAGAGAGGUCAUCGCCAUAGUGACAGACUCCCUGACAGACCUGGACAUCUUUAAGGAUCUCCAAGAAGCGUGCUCUCGCCGCAGAGUCCCCGUGUACAUCCUGCUGGACCAGGCGUCUGCUCCGGGCUUCCUGAAGAUGUGCAGGAAUGUGGACGUGCGGCUGGACGACCUGCAGGACAUGAGGGUGCGGACCAUCACGGGUACGACCUACUACACCAGAUCUGGAGCCAGGAUCACGGGGAAGGUCCACGAGAGGUUCAUGCUGAUUGAUGGGAACAGGGUGGCGACGGGCUCCUACAGGUUCAACUGGACCGACGGUAAACUGAACAGCAGCAACCUCAUCGAGCUCUCUGGUCAGAUAACUGAGAAGUUUGAUGAGGAGUUCCGCAUCCUGUACGCCCAGUCUCAGCCGGUGACUCCCGGCGCUGUGUUGGAGCAGCUCCUGCUCCAGCAGGCCCCCAGCCCGGCCCCCCGUGCCGCACCCAGCCCCCGUGUUCCCCCCAGCCCCGCCCCCCGUGCCGCUCCCAGCCCGGCCCCUCGCGCCCCACCCAGCCCCCGCACGCCCAGGCCUGCACAGCCGGCCUGUCUGACCAGCACGCCCACCCGUACGCCCAGGCCUGCACAGCUGACCAGCACGCCCACCCGUACGCCCAGGCCUGCACAGCUGACCAGCACGCCCACCCGUACGCCCAGGGCGUCAGUGCUGCAGGCUGGGCGGGAGGUGGGGGCCCCGGGGACCCCGGGGGCCGGUGGAGCCGGGCCUGGGUCCGGCCCCUGCAGCGAGGACGGGGACUGGGCCGUGCAGCCCCUCCAGGAGGAGAUCCUGGCUGGCAGCCCCACUCUCCAGGUCUCUGCAGAGCAGCUCGCAGAAGACGACGCCCCGGCGACCCCUGACCCCGUCUCCCGCCACGCCUGGACCCAGACCAGCUGGUCGGGGACGGACGGCUCCGCCCAGACCGACCUCAGCCCCGGCCCGGUCCAGGAAGGCUCUCCCGGCCCUGCCCGUGUCAGACGCAGCCCGCCCGGCCCCGGCCCUGCAGACGCUCCCCUGCAGGAAAGCUUCCACAAGCUGAGCCGGGAGCGCCAGCACCACUACUCCGCUAUCCGCUCCAAGCUGGAGCACAUGGUGGACACGAUGUCCCGGCGCCGCCAGCUGGCCGACGUCACCAACCUGAGCCCGGGGCUCGGCGCCGGCGGCCGGCCCAGGACACACAAGGACCCGGGCCAGGAGCCCGGCCCCCGGCUGCCCGUGGACGGCCUGGGGACGGGCACGUGGCCCAGGGCCAGGUGUGUGCACUAGCUCGCCCGGGCCGCUGGAGCGGAGCAGGCG